AUGGCAGCCUCGGCGCAGCUGAGAAUAGCUUCAUUCCAUGGUCUUCCCCAUCCUGAAGUCCCAGAACAGAUUGAGAGGUUUCUUUCUUCUAAUCUAACUCCCUGUGUCCUCUUUCGUUCUCCAUGCACAGGCUGUCCUUUGUUCGAACCAGAGCUGAUCUACCAGUUGGAUCGCAGAGAGGAGUUAUGGAUUGUUAAGAAAGACCUCUCCCAAAGCUCCUAUCCAGGUGACAACACAAAACCCAAGACCACAGAGCCUAGCUUUUCUCACCUGGCCUUGCCUGAGGAAGUCUUACUCCGGGAACGGCUGACACAGGGAGUCUCAAAGGACUCCCAAUUAGGGCAAGCCAAGGAUCAAGGUGGGCCAUCUGAAAUGCAAGAAGUCCACUCAAAAGCAGGGAUAGACUCCCAGGGGGAGAAGCUCCUGGAGAAAAUGAGUUCUGAACGUGAUGGUUUGGGGUCAGACGAUGGUGUCUGUACAAGGAUUACACAGAAACAAGUUUCAACAGAAGAUGAUCUCUAUGAAUGUGAUUCACAUGGACCAGUUACAGAUUCCUUGAUUCGUGAAGAGAAAAAUUCCUAUAAAUGUGAGGAAUGCGGGAAAGUGUUUAAAAAGAAUUCCCUCCUUGUUCAGCAUGAACGGAUUCACUCUCGAGUGAAGCCCUAUGAAUGCACAGAGUGUGGGAAAACCUUUAGCAAGAGCACUCAUCUUCUUCAGCACCACAUCAUCCACACCGGGGAGAAGCCCUAUAAGUGCAUGGAGUGUGGGAAGGCCUUCAACCGCAGGUCACACCUCACACGGCACCAGCGGAUUCACACCGGAGAGAAGCCUUACAAGUGCAGUGAAUGCGGAAAGGCCUUCACCCACCGCUCCACUUUCGUCUUACAUAACAGGAGCCACACUGGAGAAAAACCCUUUGUGUGCAAAGAGUGUGGCAAAGCCUUUCGAGAUAGGCCAGGUUUCAUUCGACACUACAUCAUCCACACGGGAGAGAAGCCCUAUGAGUGCAUUGAGUGUGGGAAGGCCUUCAACCGCCGGUCAUACCUCACGUGGCACCAGCAGAUUCACACUGGAGUGAAACCCUUCGAAUGCAACGAGUGUGGAAAAGCCUUUUGUGAGAGUGCAGACCUCAUUCAGCACCACAUCAUCCACACCGGGGAGAAGCCCUAUAAGUGCAUGGAGUGUGGGAAGGCCUUCAACCGCAGGUCACACCUCAAGCAGCACCAGCGGAUUCACACUGGGGAGAAGCCUUAUGAAUGCAGUGAAUGCGGAAAGGCCUUCACCCACUACUCCACUUUUGUCUUGCAUAAAAGGACUCACACUGGAGAAAAACCCUAUGAAUGCAAAGAAUGUGGAAAAGCCUUUAGUGAUAGGGCAGACCUCAUUCGACACUUCAGCAUCCACACUGGAGAGAAACCCUAUGAGUGCGUGGAGUGUGGGAAGGCCUUCAACCGCAGCUCACACCUUACGAGGCACCAACAGAUUCACACUGGAGAGAAACCCUAUGAAUGCAUCCAGUGUGGGAAGGCCUUUUGCCGGAGCGCAAACCUGAUUCGACACGCCAUCAUUCACACUGGAGAGAAGCCGUAUGAAUGCCGUGAGUGUGGAAAGGCUUUUAAUCGCAGCUCCUCCCUCACACAUCAUCAACGGAUUCAUACUGGGAGAAACCCUGCCAUGGUGACAGAUGUGGGAAGACCUUUUAUGACUGCACAGACUUCAGUCAACAUCCACAGACUUUUAUUAGGGAAAGAGUUUUUGAAUAUCACCACUGAAGAGAAUCUGUGGUGAAAGGAACAUCUUACCAUCUGGCCAUUCAUACUGAAGAGAAACUUCAUAAGCAUCCUGUCUUUGAGAAAACUUGUCAUAGAUUAUCAUUUGUCAUCUGAACAAUCAUGUUAGAAAUUGAAGCAGCCUGGAGUCUUAUUCUCCAUCUGAGAAUUCACCCAUGAGAGAGACCCAGUAGUUACUAUGCAC